UCUCCUUUACAAUGCUAAAGUUUGCCAUGUCACAGCUUCUCUCCAUCCUCUUCUUAAUCCCAUCUCGGUGUGCUGAGUUGAUGCGGAAUUCCCAGCAUCAGCCACCAUCCAUCAGUUGCUAGGAACACCACAAACACAAAGCACACAAGGAGAGAGGGAAAGUAAGAGAGCAUCAAUGGCCGACUUCGCGCUUGGGUUAGCCAAGACGGCGGUGGAGGGGACCCUGAGUAGGGUCCAAUCCGCCAUCGAUGAAGAGAACACACUGAAGGCGGCAGCACAACAGGACCUGGCGUUCAUCACUGGGGAAUUCCAGAUGAUGCAAUCCUUUCUAGAAGUCGCUAGUAAGGACCGUGCCAGAAAUAAAGUGGUGAAGACCUGGGUGCGGCAGCUCCGUGACCUUGCCUUCGAUGUCGAAGACUGUGUCGAGUUCGUUAUCCACCUGGACAACGACUCGACCUGGAAAUGGGUGUGGCGCAUGGUGCCCUCCUGCAUGACACCACCUCGGAGUCGGGACCUCGACGAUGCCGUCGCUGAGUUGAAGCAGCUCAAGGCGAGGGUUGAGGAAGUGAGCCAGAGAAACACCCGCUACAACCUCAUAAGUGACUCUGGCUCCGAUCCCGUCUCACAAUCACCGGCGGUGCAGCUGGCCACCACCGGUCCAUCAACAAUUGACAUCCUGAUGGACCUGUGGGAGGCCAAUGGGAAGCACCGCGGUUUCUGCAACCUUCAAAAGUUGAUAACCAACGAGGGAAAUGAUCUUCAGGUAAUCUCUUUGUGGGGAAGUGCAGGAUCUGAUAUUGAGGGAACACAUAUCAUCAAUAAGGCUUACUGCGACCCCGAAAUCUGCCACAUAUUCAAAAGCCGUGCCUGGGUAAAGCUGAUGCAUCCUUUUAACCCUGACGAGUUCCUCAAGAACUUACAGACUCGGUUACAAGCUAGCUCUCAGUCUUGCCAAGCUGUCCAUUUCAAGGGCGGGAUUUUAGAAGAUGAUCCGAUAAAGCAAUUGGCUGAGCAGAGAUAUCUUGUAAUCCUUGAAGGAAUAUCCAGUGUUGUAGAGUGGGAGAUCAUCAGAUUGUACCUGCCAGACAAUAACAAUGGCAGCCGGAUUGUCGUCUCCACCAAGCAGAUAGGGGAUGCAAUUUUUCUCGCAGGGGAGCCAUACCGAGUAUCAGUGCUCAGAGAGUUCACCGGUGGUCAUUAUCAUUGUGCAUUUUAUAAGAAGGGUUCAGGGCGUCGAAAUGUCAUGGGUGACCUUAUUGGGCUAUUAAAACGUCCUGGUGUGAUAUCUGUUUGGGGGACUGGUGAUGACAAAUCAACUCUCGUCAAAGAAAUCUUCGACGACUUCAGACAGAACAAGAAUGAAAAAAGGUUAAACUCUCAAGGAGCAGAAGGUUUAUUUUGCGGAUGGGUUGAUGUGGCCCAACCAUUCAUUUUGAAGGACUUCUACCUGAGCUUGUUGCAGUCGUUCCGUAAUAAUAAUAAUACUGAAUCCUUUGAGGGUGAUACCGAGCAAUGGUUUAAUAUGGUUCAUCAUGGGUACAAGUACCAACGCUUGGUAGUUAUUAACGGUUUGCAGUCCACGAAGGAGUGGCAAGUUAUUAAAAGUGCAUUCAUCACAUCGGGAAAACUUGCAAGUCUUCAAAAUCGUAUCAUUGUCAUAACGAAUGAAGAAAGUGUGGCCAUAAGUUGUGUAGAUCGUAAAUAUGGUGCGCUCAAUGUUAACGACAUGGCCCUUCAUCCUUCCAUGCAGAUCCAUGGCUAUAUGGACGAACUGUUUUGGCGACUACAACAUCGUAGAAUGAUAUCGGUGUUUGGGGCUGGCGGUGAAACAUCAACUAUCUUAAAACAAGUGUACGACGGCAUAAAGCAUCAGCAUCUAGGAUUCAAGGAGGUAGAAAAAUUUGAGUAUUACGUAUGGGUGGACUUACCUCAUCCAUUCGGUGAUGAGGAAUUGCGUUUGCGCUUGUUCAAGGAAUGGUUUCCAGAUGAAGACGAGGAAGAGGAGCUUGCUGAAAGCUUUUUUUGGCCUCGUGAAAAAAAGUGCAUUUUUAUUAUAAAUGGCAUGGAAUCUACCGAGGAGUGGGAGUUGAUAAAACAAUUCCUCGUGGUAUGGAAUCUUGUCGUACAGAAGAGAGGGAUUGAGAGUCGUAUCAUCCUUAUUGCAAAUCAUGAAAGUUUUCCCAACCAUUUUGUAGAACAUCUGGAAGCCAACAAUGUCGUUCGUCGCUUGACCAAGGUAUUAUAA